CACCCACAAUGCUCUAGGACUGCCACUAAGGAGGAAGUAAGAGAAGGAAACGUCAGAUUUGUUGUCGUUUGGCCGACCGCGUUUCACUGGGAUGAAAGUUUUUGUUAGUUUGUCAGCGAGUUUUAACAUUUGAAGCCAUGGCUGAGAGAAAUGGGCAGCUGAAGUCCGUGGUGAUUCGCAGCUUCAGGCGGUUCAGCGAACGAUAUUUUCCAGAGAAAGCUGCCAGAAGCUCGAUGUUGGAUAAGAAGCAAGAAGAAGAGGCGUCGCACUUGGGAUAUUUGGACAGCUUUCCUGUCGAAGUGCAAUUCCUGAUCAUGACCUUUCUCUCUCCUGUGGAUAUCUGCAACCUGGGAGCCACCUGUCGAUACUGGAGGGCCAUGGUGAGAGAUCCAUUACUGUGGAAAUACUUCCUGUUGCGGGACAUGCCACAUUGGUCAUCCAUCGAUCAUCUGACAAUGCCAGAUCUGGAGUUGCUGGAUGCACCACUGGUCAGUGAACGUGAAAGUUUGGAUGACAGACAAGAAGAGGAAGAGAAAAAUAGGGAACUGAAAUGUGACUACAUGUCAGAAUACCUGAAAGGUUGUCCAUCCUGCAGACAGCAGUGGUUGCCCUCCCGACCAGCAUAUGAACUUUGGACCUCAUUCCUUCAGUACCUGGUGCCCUCAUCUGAACCUCGCUAUGCAAUGUUUGGGCCUGGCAUGGAGCAGCUAGAUGUCUCUUUGGUCACAAGACUGAUGCAUGCCCCCGAUCUGUUACCUGUGUCUGGUACUCCACACAGGCAGAUAAAUGGUAUUGGCUCUGGGAUCAGCUACUUGUUCAACAACCAACACAAAUUUAACAUCCUAACGCUAUAUUCCACAAACAGAGCUGAGAGAGAAAAAGCACGACUGCAGCAGCAGAGCAUCAGCAAUAAGCUCUUUAUCUUUGAAGGAACUGAUGAUGCGGGUUGUCCAGUGUAUACGCCUGCCCCUCAGGUGCAGAAGGUGUGCCAGGAGGUGGAUGGCUUCAUUUAUGUUGCCAAUGCAGAACCUGGAAAAGGUGAUGGUGCGUCUGAGGCGGCCCAGAUUAGAGCUGUGCUGAAUUUUGUUGGGGAUUCCACAGCCAAGCCACUACUGUUGCUCUCCUGCAUCUCACGAGAACCAGAGGGAGCGAGUGAAGGAGUCAAAUGUCGGACACCCUGUGUUUAUGUGGCAAAGAGACUUGGCCUUCCUCAGCUAUCUAAUCGCUGGAUGGUGCAGGAUACAGUGGCAGAAUCAUUGACAGGGGUUUUAGAUGGGAUUGCCUGGCUGCUGAAGUCUUCUGGCGUCAAAAUUUAGGGAUAAUAUAUUGUUGUGUCCCAAUAUCAUCAAAGAGAAUUUGACAGCAGACCACCCUGCCACCUGAUUUUGAUGUCAGUAUCCACCACUUUAUUAUUUCCUCUUUGUAAGCGUAGCUGUCUGAUCUGCCAAAGUCUUACUUGAGGAGCACUGCCAGUGGAUUUUAAUUAAAAGGUUGAGCAGCAAAGAGGAAAACUGGGACUCAUGCAGACGAGCUAGUAGGGAUAUCUUUUUUUAAGUGGUGCAAGUGAAGGAAUUCCAGUUGGGCAGUAGAGCAUAGAAACCGAACAAAUUGUAUUAUUUAACACUAACUGCAAGAAAACAAAAUGCUGACGGCGCAUUGAGAUUCUUUCACUUCUUUGCAAAUCAGUGAAGGUAGACCUGCUGUAAAAAACAGAACAUUUCACCUUGAAGAAAAUUUGGUGGCACUAUUUUUACUUGUUUGGUUAUUUUAUAAUUCCAUAUGAUCACAAAUGUUGUAUCUUUUCUUGACCCCUGGAUUUUCUAAUUAUGAAUGUUUACUAGAAACUGCCUUGUGAAAGAGUCUUCAUAAAAAUGUUAGGAAAAAAUUAAGUCUUCAAAUAAAAUGUUUACACAUAGGUAGAUUAAGACAAGAAAUCUAUGAAAAAACAAAUAAAAGAUUAGAACUCUAGAUGAGCAUUGGAUACUUGAAACAUUUUGUAAGAUGCUUUUGUUGAAUGCACAUGUUUUUAUUUCUUAAGAGCAGGAACAAAUGAUCCUUUUUAUUCAGUUCGUACUCUUGUUGAUUCAUUUAAUAUGCAGUGACUUUUAAAAAUAAUUUUUGCCCCAUUCACAUGCCUAGACCUUCUGUUUGACUUAUUUUACGUGUUACACCGCUCCCCACUGCAGAUUAUAUCAGUCAACAUCUGUAAAAUGUUUUGUCUGUCAUUGCGCAUAAAGUGUCAUGAAUUAUA